CGCUCGCGCUCCGCUUUGAUCCUGGCCCAUCCCCCUGAUUCUCAGUGGGCGUGGUGUGACUUUGGAAAACAAACUGUGGUACUUCCUCACUCCACAUCAGUUGAGUUGGCCCGCGGUUCUUCUUUGCUUUUCCGUGCGUGCGUAAUUCCCCGUGACUGCAGUUGCGCCGUUUUCUUUUGGGGACUUGUUUUGCGCACUGGUUCUUGCGCACGGCGCGUCUUGGGAGCGGAGCGAUAAAAACAUCAGCGGACACUUUGUUGUUGUGUUUGUUUUUAUCCUCCUCUCUCUCUCUCUCUCUCUCUGUCUUUCUUUCACAUGGGGCGAGCACGCCGCAGCAGUGCGCGUCAGCCGCCGACUGCGCUUUGAGGCUUCGCGUUCCGUCAUGUUCCUGUGACAGUUGGAGCGCAACGACUCACGGCAUACAUACGCACACGCACGCACGCCAACAAACAUGAGCGGUGGAGAAAUCAUCUUCCAGGGCUGGCUGAGGAAGUCCCCGCCGGAGAAGAAGCUCAGGAGAUACGCGUGGAAGAAGCGCUGGUUCAUCCUGCGCAGCGGCCGCAUGAGCGGUGACCCCGAUGUUCUCGAGUACUACAAGAACGACCACUCCAAGAAGCCCAUCCGGGUGAUUGACCUGCACUGCUGCGAGCAGGUGGACGCCGGCCUGACCUUUAAGAGGAAGGAGUUCCAGGACAGCUUCGUCUUUGACAUCAAGACCACCGAGCGCACCUUUUACCUCGUGGCUGAGACGGAGGAGGAGAUGAACAAGUGGGUUCGCUCCAUCUGCCAGCUGUGUGGGUUCAACCAGUCAGAUGACAAUCACGAUGGAAGGUUACACCAUAUGCCCCGUUCUGUCGGUGUAGACGCCACCGGAUCCAUGGCUCCUCUGUCUGCGGAACGCAAGUCUUCUGCGCCCAUUCACUCCAGCCAACCCGUCCUGUUCACCUUUGAUGUGCCUGUGCGCCACAGCCACCACGGCUCCCUGUCCAACAGCGCACCCCAGGACUACCUCCUUCUCCACCAGUGCAUGAGCAGGAAGUCUGAGAGUGCACGGAGUGCCAGUUUCUCCCAGGCCACAAGAAGCAGCGUGUUUGUGGGGAGUGACUCUACCAUGCAGAAGCUCUCUCAUGGAUUUUCCCACUGUGUAAAUGGUGUGGGCGCUCAGGUGCAUGGCUUUUACAGCCUCCCAAAGCCUGGGAAACACCAGCUACCGCUGCAUGAUGAUUCCCCGCAGGAGGCUUGUUACGUGCUGCCGCGCGGGUACAGUUCCGAAGCACCUGGUAACAGCAGCUUCGGCGAGCUGGACCUGGAGAACGAGGAGGUUUACACCUUUCAAACGCCCUGCAAUGCUCUCGCCACCAUGCACAGUAACGAGCAUCCGCCUGACAAUUACGAUCUUCCUACACCGCCUGGCUCCUUCUACCAGAUUCCCCGAACGUUUGACAAGAAUCACAACGCCUUGACACUCUCCAGCUUGGAGUCCUCCUGUGCUCCUCCGCCAAGACCCCCCAAACCCAGCCAGGGCUCAGAGAGUCAGUGGGGGAGUCCGCAGUCCAUGGGGAGCCAGAACGGAGAGGUGACGUCUGCCGUGUCAGUCAUCUCACGGAGAAAUACUCUUCCUGCUGUCGAGAACAUCCGUUUGCACAGAGGAUCCUCCUUUGAAACGAACAGCCAUCACCGUCCCAUCCAUUACAACAGCUCGGGCCAGUCUGUUGAGUCUGUUCACGACGGCUUCAGCUCCUACCUGAGAACCAAAACCCCGCUGACUCGCUCAGACAGCGGUAACUCUGAUGACAAUUAUGUGCCUAUGAAUCCCGGCUCCUCGCCACUCAGCGCUGCCCAGGCUGAUAGUCCUAAGAAUAUCUACAUUCCGAUGAGCCCGGGGCCACAUCACUUUGAUUUCCCAGGAUUCUCUGCAACAUUACCUGCCCGCAAGGGGAGCAGCGCCUCCUUGUGUCACAGGCCCGGCCGUCUCAGCGAUGUCACUCCGCCACCCAUCAACCGCAACCUCAAACCCAACAGGAAAUCAAAGCCAACACCUCUUGAUUUGAAGAACAGUGGGAUUAUUGACGAGCUGCCGUUUAAGAGCCCGGUCACCAUGUCGUGGACUCGGCCCAUGACUGCAAUGAACUCCAUGUCCUCCCAGUACUGUCGACCUAUCUCAACGCAAAGCAUCACUAGCACCGACUCUGCAGACAGCGAGGAGAAUUAUGUGGCUAUGCAGAACCCAGCGUCUACCUCCCCAGUGGUUAGUGGCACCAGCAGCCCGGCUCCGAGGAAGAGCGGGAACGUAGACUACUUGGCGUUGGACUUCCAGCCUGGAUCACCCAGCCCACAUAGAAAACCCUCUACAUCCUCAGUGACAUCUGAUGAGAAGGUGGACUACGUGCAAGUGGACAAGGAGAAGACCCAGGCGCUGCAGAGCACCAUGCAGGAGUGGACCGAUGUGCGGCAGUCGGCUGAACCCGCCAAGGUGGUCAAGUCGUGACACUGACCUGCAGAGCUCCAAAACAAAAAAAAAACCUCUGGACUUCAUCCAAGCCUCUCCAGUAUUGGGAUUGGUACUGCUGGGCUUGUUUAAGACUGAAAAGCCAUAACCUCUCUUACACCUGUGACGAUUAUUACCGCAGUGCUCCGCUAACAGGAUACCAGGCCAUACAGGUGAAGCCAAAGCUCUUCAUGGAGACUGUUAUUAUAUCAUACGGAAAAAUAUCAGCCCAAGUGCAAGUAUUUAAACAACGCUGGCCCACGGAUGGCCACACUCUGCUGAAGUCAGACUGUUUUUUUGGGGGGUUUUUUUGCAUUUAAUACUUAAAUUAAAAGUAGAGACUCACCGGUCUAUAACCACA